ACCCUAUCGGUACUCAUCAUCAUCACAAACACCCUCAAGCUCUUCAAAUUGGUUGAUCAUGGCUUCUUUUGUCAAACCCUCCCUAGCAAUCACAUGCCUCACCUUCCUCUUAGCCAUUGCCGAAACCUCGCUAGCCCAAAGCACCCACCAGGACUUUGUCGACGCCCACAACGCAGCCCGCAGCCAGGUCGGGGUGGCCCCGCUCGCGUGGAAUUACACCGUCGCGGCCUACGCCCAGAGAUACGCCAACAAGCGCGCUGCCAGUGGCUGCAAAAUGGAGCACUCGAUGGGCCCGUACGGCGAGAACCUGGCCGAGGGCUAUGGCGAGCUUAGCGGCCAAGAUGCCGUGAAGAUGUGGGUGGCCGAGAGGGCGAACUACAACCAUGGCUCCAAUGCUUGCGUCGGCGGCGAGUGCCUGCAUUACACGCAGGUUGUGUGGAGGAGCUCGAUUCAUCUCGGGUGUGCUAGGGUUAAGUGUAGCAAUGGGUGGUGGUUCGUGACUUGUAACUAUGACCCUCCGGGGAAUUACGAAGGCGAACGUCCCUAUUAAUUUACAAGUGAUGACGGUAAGCUAAUGUGUACUAGAGACACUCACUGGCUAUAUGUUAAGCUAGGAGUUCUCCAGGUUGAAAUCGAAUAUUAAUGGAUUACUAUAUGUAGUUGCCUUUCCUUACAUAUGGAGGAUUCAUGCUGAUUAAUUAUUGCCUUCUUUCUAA